AUGCAGUAUAUUACAGAGCCAAUUUAUAACGCCUAUUGCUAUGUCUGGAAUUACUUUUAUAGUGUUCCUCAAGACUAUGACUGUGAUCCUACGGAAGCAUAGAAGAAAUUAGAUGUGUUAAUUAUGGAAAUAUAAACUCAAAUUUAGAUAAAGAAGUAAAGGAAUUAAUCUGACUUAAACGAGUUGAAGUUAAACUUUUCUAAGCAUAUUCACAGUGAACAUUAUUAAGAAUAAAUAAGAACAGAUUUUUGCAGAAAAAUAUCCAAUAAAAAUGAUGAUAUUAAUAUGCUUAAUGCUAUAAAUGAAUAGAUUGAAAAAUUGAAACAAUUUAAAACUUAGCUAAUUACUCUUAGGAAAGAUUAAGAAUACUUAAAAUAAAUAAUGCCAACUAUUGAAAAUUUAGUUUUUGCUGCUUCUUAUGAUGGGACUCUUUAAAUAAAGCUUGUAAAAUUUACAGACUUCUUACAAUACCUAUGGGGUAAAGAGUAUACAAUUCCUGAAGAAAACAAUUUAGUUGAAAAAGAUUUUAAGUAAAUAAUGACUAAAAUUUCUACAGAUGAAGAUUACGAAAAGACUUGUUUAGAGUUCUCAAGUUAAUCAUUGGUUCAUCCUCAGCUUAUAUAUCGUUGCAAUCCUGAAAGAUCAGUGAUUUAUUCAUAGCAAUCAAAUGUUAACUAAAUUUCAAUUUAAAAUCAAGGAAUAUAAAUGAGAGCCGAAUUAAAUUGA